AUGAGAUUUUCCGUUUGUUCUGGAACAGAUAAUAGUCGAACGGAACUGCAGGACGAGAACCGAAUCAAUCAGCUAAUUAGACAAUAUCAGAAUUGUACUAGAGUUUACGGGAACCUGGAAAUAACCUACAUACGACGCGAACAUCUUAAUGAAACUGAUCCGGAGCAAUUUUUCAGCUUUUUAAGCCAUAUUCAACAGAUCACUGGUUAUCUGUUGAUCUAUGCGAAUGAUUUCGAUCGAAUAACACUACGAAAUUUGGAAAUUAUUUGGGGCGAUACGCGACAUGAUGAGAUAGCGGCAAUAGAUAUAAGCUAUAACGAUAAUUUGAAAUAUGUCAACAUGCCCAAAUUAAGAAGCGUUGAGCGAGGUGACAUAGUGCUGAUGCAUAAUCCAUAUUUAUGCAAUUGGAACACUACCGUAUCUUACAACGAAAUUAUUGGUAAAGCCAGUGAAUUGCGGGUUCAAUUUAUGAGUAAUUUCGAAAAAUGUGAUCAUGCUCAAAGUGGAUGUGCAGAAAAAUGUGGUAAACAUUGCUGGGGACCGGACGCGGAUAUGUGUCAGAUAGUGUAUCGCGAAAUAUGUCCAAAAGAUUGCCCAUCACAAAUGUGUUAUCAAAGUGACAAUAGAACACAUUGCUGUGACGAGGCAUGCGCAGCGGGUUGUUUUGGUGAAGGCAAAAGUGCUUGCAUCGCAUGUGCUAAAUUAGAGCAAGAUUCGAAAUGUGUGGACAAAUGUAAUGGAUUGACAGACUAUGAUCGAACACUGAAAUUGACUGUGAACCAUUCAAAUCCACGAUACACCUAUGAUCGGUAUUGUGUGGAGCAGUGCCCAGCUGAGACGCUUAUUCAAGGGGAAUACUGUGUCGUCCACUGUACGGAAGGCUACUGGCAUGAUCCGGUUAAAAAUACUCGAAUUUGUGAGAAAUGUCCAGAUGGGAUAUGCCCGAAAAUUUGCUAUAUGAACGAACCAAUAGAUUCGAGUAAUAUUGGAAGUUUAGCAAAUUGCACGGUUGUCGAAGGUUUCAUUCAGAUUUUACGCCAUCCAUUCGAUCCUCAUCGAAAAUUUUUUACCGAUGGUCGAACACCAGUGUAUAUAACAGGAUUAACACUCAAAAUGCUGGAAGCCUUGAAAAAUGUAAAAAUUGUUACUGAAUUUGUGGAGAUUCAAGCCGGUGAAUGCUCUCCUCCAUCAUUGAGCUUUCUUGGCAAUCUGACAACCAUUGAAGGGCGAAAACUUUCUGACCAACAACAUGCACUAUUAAUUACUAGUAACCAAAAUCUGCUCGAGCUCGGGUUACGGUCGUUAAAAAGGAUAAGAAAUGGACGUGUGUAUAUUGGAAAUAAUGAGAAACUUUGUUACGCGGAUUCGUUGAAGGAGUACUGGAAAGAGAUCAUGCAAACGGAUACUGCUUCUACUCUAGUAAUAGUAAAUAGAAAUGGUCCGGAUUGCGCUAAUCGUAAACAAUUCUGUGAUAGCACUUGUGACAAAACUUAUGGAUGUUGGGGUGCAGGACCCAGUAUGUGUGUAAAAUGCAUUGAUUACAAUGUGGACGGCAAAUGUUCUGCUACCUGUCCUUCACAAGGAUAUUAUAUCAAGGAUAACGAAUGCUAUAAAUGUCAUCCGCAGUGUAGAAGUUGCAAUGGACCAACAGCGCGAGAUUGCAUUGCAUGCAUGAAUGUUCGCAUACAGCAGGGAAAUGAAUGGGAAUGUAUAGCAGAAUGUCCGAAGAUUCAUUAUUUCGAUGGGAAUAUAUGCUUGCCAUGCAAUUCAGCAUGUUAUGAUUUUGGUUGUACCGGUCCGAGUAAUGUGGUAGGUAAAGGUGGUUGCAAUAAAUGCAAAUAUGCAAAGCGCACUGAUAAUGGUCAAGAACUGCUGUGUCUGUAUACUGCAGGUAAACCAAAGGAUGUGUGUCGUGACAAUAACCUAACCCAUUACUAUGCUGCCGCAUCAUCCAGCGAAAUGCUUGUUGCUGAAUUUGAAUGCGAUGAAUGCAGUGAAGAGUGUUUGAGUUGUGCUGGUUACGGUACUUCUGUAAAGCGACAUAAAUGUACAUGUGCACAUUAUCUAACGAAAACGGGUUCAGACAGCGACUAUUGCACAAUGAAGUGUAAAAUGGAUUCAUUUAUGGUGCGACCCAAAUCAAAUAGUACCAUCGGUGAAUGUGAACGAUGUAAUGAACUGUGUGAUCUUUCAAUGGGUUGUGCAGGCCGUAGUUCUACAAACUGUACACGAUGUGCCAAAGCUGGCAUUUCAAUAGGCGAUAAGUUGAUUUGCUUGGAACGAUGCCCAGUUGAUCGUCCGUUUAUUGCGGAUGACAAAAUCUGUCAUGAUACAGAUCCAGCAGUAUAUGCUUUAAAAAGGAGAAUGUACAUAAUCAUAAUCGGUGUACUGUGUGCAGCUGUUCUUAUCGCCAUUAUAGCGGGUAUCACAAUAAAUUGUAUAAAGUAUAAGAAACGAUACCAACAGGAACUUGAAAUGAACUUGCCGAGCAUUCCGGAAUACGAACAAACAGAUCCAUCCAUGAGGCCAAACAUGACGCGUCUUUGUAUUAUUACCAAUGAAAAUCUUGAAAAAACGGAACAAUCCCUUGGACAAGGUGCAUUUGGAACUGUUUUCUUGGGCUAUUGGUGGCCGAAAGGUAAGGAUGAUGGUGAAAAAUUGGCAGUAGCAAUUAAGGUAGUUCACGAUAGUAGUGGCACAGCACAUCAGGAAAUGUUGCAAGAGGCGGGUAUUAUGGCUUGUAUGCGACAUGAACAUUUACUUCGACUGGUUGGUGUAUGUCUCAGCGAUGGCAUGCAAAUUGUGACCCCAAUGCGACCACUUGGGAGUUUGAAGAACUAUCUUAAAAAACAUCGACAGAAGCUUAGCGCAAGGGACCUGUUGUUAUAUUGCUACCAAAUUGCUUCGGCAAUGGAAUACCUUUAUAAAAACCGCUUAGUACAUCGAGAUUUAGCUGCACGAAAUGUCUUAGUGAAGAGAACCAAUCACGUCGAAGUGACUGAUUUUGGGCUUGCCAGAUUGCUAGAAAAAGGAAAAAGUGAAAUUGUCGUUGGAGGAAAGGUUGCCGUAAAAUGGCUAGCAUUGGAAAGUCUUGAAAAACAAAUCUACACUCACUACACCGAUGUAUGGGCUUUCGGUGUUACUUGCUGGGAAGUACUAACAUUUGGACAGACACCAUUUCAAAGUGUACCACCAGAUCGAAUACGCCAACAUCUGGCAAAUGGAAACCGUUUGGAGCAACCAAAUAACUGUGCCCAGGAAGUGUAUCAAACAAUUUUGCAAUGUUGGUUACAGAAUCCGGAAUCGAGACCAAGUUUUGUCAUUCUGAAGGAGAAAUUCAAGCAGUAUUGCAAAGCACCCCAUCUUUAUGUUUUGGAUCAUUAUCAUAAGCGACAUUUGGAUUCUGUAUUAUUUGGAAAUCAACAUGAGCUCUGCAGUGGACUAAUGGAUAGCAACGAACUUCCCAAUCAGUUUAAAUUUUCUGGAGGCACGAUUGUUACAUCCACUUCAGUUCCGCCGUCACCGACAACGCCUACCUGGAUGACAUUCCAACAGCAUACUCUUAAUGUACGACAGGACAAACGAAUAGGAAGCGCUGAUUCUGGACGUUAUCAAAGUGAUCCUGUACAUGAUGGAUGUACAGAAUUAAACAUGGAUGAAGGGAAUUAUUUAGUGCCAAACAAUAAGUUGAUCUUGUAUACGCCUGUUCUUGUCCGGGAAAAUGGUGUAACAGAGUUGGUGAAAAGUUCGGAAUAUUAUAACGAUAAAGUGGGUAGCGACUAUUACAAUCAGUUGAAAUCUGUAUCAAUGGAAAUGGAAGAAGAGACAAAGUCGAUCAAAAUAACAACCUAUCAAAAUGAUUAUUAUUUUGCUGAAAAUGAAACAUCUUUGUGA